AUUAACAAACUAACCUCCAACCUCUCAUCAUCCCCCUUCAAAAUCCCACAUAUUUUCAUAGCGGCAUUUCGUCGAACACUCCAAGUGCACAACCCCAGUUUCUCGCCGGAGGAUAAUCAUGGCCGGCGUUCUCAAUUUCACGCCUUUACCCUCGAUUUCUAGACCCAUUUUGCGUCACAACAGAUCAAAACCAUCAAGCAGUAGCAGGGUUUUCGUUAUAAAAUCAUCAACAGAAGUUUCCGAUACAUCUUCCACUUCAGUUUCUGCAAUCACCCCUCCGCCCAACUUCAAGGCUCCUGAGCCGAAGGUUUUUACUCCUAGAUCGGAUCAAGUUGGGGACCUCAUCACUGCUAGUUUGAAUCUGUUGUUCCGGUUGGGUACUGGUGUUUUUGUUAAUGGGUACUCGGUUUCUUUUGUUCCCAAGAAUGAGAUUCCUGCGGGCCAAUAUGGUCUUAGUGUUGGAGGCUUUAUAGCAAAAGAGAGCUCAAAACUAGGCCCCAGACCCGCGAAACCUAUCGAAAUAUACGAGUUUGAAGGCUGCCCUUUCUGCCGUAAGGUGAGGGAAAUUGUUGCAGUGUUGGAUCUUGAUGUGUUAUAUUAUCCUUGCCCGAGAAAUGGUCCAACGUUUCGUCCCAAAGUUGGUCAAAUGGGUGGGAAACAGAUGUUUCCUUACAUGGUAGAUCCAAAUACAGGAGUUUCGAUGUAUGAAUCAGAUGACAUUAUAAAAUAUCUUGUUGAGAAAUAUGGAGAUGGAAAUGUGCCAUUAUCUUUAUCACUUGGCCUGCUGACAACUUUGAGUGCGGGUUUUGCCAUGAUAGGUCGUAUGGGAAAGGGGAGCAUGUAUACGAAAGCAAAAAUGCCACCACAACCUCUUGAAGUAUGGGCGUAUGAGGCGUCACCUUUUUGCAAACUUGUGCGUGAAGUACUUGUAGAAUUGGAGCUGCCGCAUCUUCUUCACAGUUGCGCUCGUGGCAGCCCAAAACGACAGGAAUUCUAUGAGAAGAUUGGGCACUUCCAGGCACCUUAUCUAGAGGAUCCAAACACGGGGGUGAAAAUGUUUGAGAGUGCUGCAAUAAUCGAUUAUUUGCGAGCUACAUAUGCUCUUUGAUAAGGAAAAGUGAUUUUAAUGAUUUAUUAAAGUUGUUCUUGAACCCUUUUUAUGUAUAUUAAUUUGAUGGACAUUAGAGAAUACUUUCUUAUAAAGGUGUAUUGUAAUAGAAAUAUAUGUAUAAGUGUACUUGUAUAUCUACAUUUUGUACAAAUGAUGUUGACAGUAAGUUCAAAACUCAGGAAUCCUAUGUUUGGUUGGCAUAAAA